GAAGACUGGGCAACACUAAGAUCUAAGGUAGAAAGGGGAUUGCAGGUGUUGAAGGAUUGGUUGGAUGGAAGAUUGUUAAGGAUGAAUAUCAAGAAAACUUGUUAUAUGCCAUUCUCCUGCAAUGCUGCAGGUUGCCCCACGUUUGACUGCUUACAUAUGGAAGGAGACACUACAUUUGAGAUUCUACCUGUGAAGACAUAUAAAUACCUGGGUGUGAUAAUAGACUGUCACCUAAGAUGGGAUAUACAUGUUAACAGUACAGUGAAAAAAUUGAGAUCCAUUUUGUACAUUUUUCGACGACUUAAGCCUAUUCUUCUGCAGAGAUAUUUGAGAACUUUGUAUUUUGCCUUAGUGGAAAGUCAUAUUCGUUAUGGCAUAGCAGUUUGGGGUGGUGCGUUGCAUACACAUUUGAAGCCGAUCGAAAUCAUGCAAAGGAGAUUUCUCAAACUCAUUUACUCGAGGGAUGGUAGGUACCCCUCGGAUGCUCUGUAUGAGGAGGCGGACGUUUUGGAUGUGCGUUCUGUCCACCGGUAUGAUACUCGCUGUAAGGAUCAUUUUGUCGCACCAUUGAUGGUUAAGAGAACAACCCAGCGAUCAUACAGUUUUUUUGCUCCUAGGAUGUAUAACCGGCUGCCUGAGGAGGUUAAAUCCUUAAGGGCUCUCCAUCUGUUCAAAAAAUAUGUGAAAAAAUAUUUGCUAACUACAAAUAGGAGAGAAAUUCUUAAUAUCUUUAAUUGAUGCAUUUGGGACAGUGUAAAUAGAUGAUUGUAUCUUGAUAUAGUAACGAAGUGGUGGUCUUGAAAAUUGAUUGAAUUUUUUGUUGCUUUCUUUUUGACUUUGUUUUAUUUUUAUUGUUCAUAAAUUAGGCGAGACAAGUGGUUUCACUUAUCGCCUUCUUCUGCUUUAUCCGGAACUCUGAUUAUAGAUAUAAAUUUUUUUGUAAUACAAUGUAAUAGUCCGAAUAAAGUUAUUAUUAUUAUUA